GUGGAGUCUUUUUCAGCGGUUGUGUUUCAGGGCAACGAAAUAAAGCGAAGCUCGUUUGUGUUUUUCCCAGGCUUUUCUUCCCGCAUCUACUACAACUCAUGGCUGCAGCUGAGUGGCAACCUCUGCCGUGAAUCCCCAUCGGAAGCGUUUGCUUUUCUUUAUCCCAAAGUGAAUCUCCGCGAUUCCACGGUUUCUUUGUCUGGCAACCGAUUCAUGUCCAGCAGGGGCACGCCGACAGUUCUGCGGAUCUCCACGUGGUCCCGCGAUAUCACCAAUGGAGCGAUUGUGGCUGCGUGCAACACAGUGAACGGCGAGGAGGAGGGGGCUAGUUACGACAUCCCGUCCGUGUACAACGCCACCAUCCUGAGCUGCAGCGACCCAUGCGCCCUUGCGGCGUCGUGCUUCCCCGCGUACACGACGACGGUCUCGAGUGAUGGCUGCGCCUGCAGGUGCGCGGAGGGCGGCCAUGGCGAUGCGUGUCUGCCCGUUGCUGUCCCCGAGCCACCGAGCACCGACGGCGCCGACUUGUGCGUGCGGGACGUGCGUGUGGAUGGGGAGGUGAACGCCGGUCUCGGGACGUCGGUGGUGUGCUACGUUGGUGUGACCUUUGCGGCGGACGUCGUGGUGGACGUGGAGUCGAUGUCAGGGAGCGUGCGCAACGUGACGCUGGUGAACUGCACGUUUUUGGACGGAGCAAGCCUGUACGUUGUUGGGUGGCGAUCCGACCCGACUGCUGGCGAGCGCGCCGAUGUGUUGAUCAGCGGGCUUGAGUCGCGUUCCGGUGGCGGCGUGCUGGUGGCGAACCGAUUUCCGCCGGGCUCGCGCGUCACCGUGGUGGACUCGGCGCUGAUUGCGGAGGCGCGUGUUGCGUACCGCGACGCCUACGACCUUGGCGACGCCUCCGCGUGCCUCGUGGUGCACAGCGUGAAUCUGACUGGGAGCGUGCUGACCAUUGCGCGCACGCAUGUGGCGGCUGUGUUCCGCGACGCUGUUGGCGUGUUGGUUGUUGGCGGCGUGGCGCUGUCGUCGCGCGGUGCGCUGUACGUGGACGGGCUGUCGGUGCAGACGGCGCUGGGGCUGUGUGUGUCGGUGGAGGGCGGUGUUGCGGCGAGUGGCGGCUCCGUGGUGGCGUUUGUUGACAGCGACUUCCUGCUGUGCAAGCACGCGGUGUCUGUGCGUGGGGCUGUGAGCGUGUCGGGCUCCGCUGUGGCGCUUGUGCGAAGUGACUUUGCGUCGACGGGGGACUACGCGGUGGCGUUUUAUUCGACGGUGAGCCUGGAUGGCGGGUCAAUGCUUCUGGCGAAGGGCAACGUGCACGACGGUGUCUCGAGGGAGAUGCUCUACGCCGCUGGCGCUGUGACCGCUGCUGGGAGCACGCUGAGCUUUGUGCGCAACCGGCGCUGCUGCCGC